AUGAGUUUGUCUGCUGAGCACUGCAACAUUUCGGACUGGUUGAGGCUGGAGGCCACGGUGAAGGCUUCAGUUUAUGCUGUCAUAUUUUGCUUUGCCACGGGCCUCACCAUCCUCAUUGUGGCCAUAGUGGCACAGAAUCUGCAAUUGCGACAAGAGACUCGCUACCUCCUGCUCUGCCACCACCUGCUCUGCGUCUCCUUCUACUGCGGGCUGGGGCUGAUCUUCCAGGCCAUGCGGGCUCUGCAUGCCAACAGCCCUCUGCUGCUGUGUUGGCUGGUGUUUGGAGUACAACUCAGCCUAGGGGAAGGAAUUCUCUUCACUCUGACUCUGAUGGCUGCCGACACCUACCUGGUGGUUUGCUGGCCUUUGAAAUCUCUGUCUGUUGGGAACGUGGUGAAAUACAGAGUUCUGGUAGGGACUUGGUUUUUCAUUAUACUCAAGAAUGUUUGUCUGUUUCUCAUAGAGGGCACGAGUGUCACUCAAGAGGCCAUUUUAACUUCAGAACCCCUUUGCCCUGUGAUCCUAAAUGGUGUGCCUGCCAGAGCCUCUGGCCUGGUCUUCUUGAUCCUCCUUCUGUCUGUCUUUCUUAUAAGUUACUCCCUGAUAUACCACGAGGGGAGGCGAUCCGGUCAUUUCAACCAGUCUAAUAUUAAAGCCCGGAAAACUAUCCUGAUUCAUUUAAUGCAGAUGGGCUUACAUAUCAUACCAACUCUGAUCUUUGUUGGUCUAGGGAAGAUGUGUGGAGUGUUUUAUUUUGCUCUGAAUCUGUCGCUUUUUGGAGUUUUUGCCUCGGCCCAGUGUUGUAGCCCACUGGUCUAUGGGCUCUGGAAUAGGGAAUUGCAAAGCAGGUUAUACCACUGGAUGGACUGUCAGCUGUGGUAUGGUCACAGAUCCCAGGAGGAACAGAAAACAGUCAAUUUAAACAAAACACAGCCUUUGUGA